AUGUUCACUGGACAUCUCUGCGAAGCGCGUCUUAACGAAGAUUCCGCAAUCAAAUCCUUCGAUGUCACUUCGAAUUCCAUCAACGUCUCCGCCGAUGCUGCUCUGCAGGCAACAUCAGACCUUCUCGUUGAACAGAAGAGGCAGACUAGAGAUACAGCCAUGGGACAAAGCUUAGCCGUUGCUGUCAUGUCCAAAGUACAAGAACCAGUACUGGAACGCAAACCUCCUCUGUACUACCGAUACAUCUAUGAUUGUUGCAUUACAUCUCAAGAGCGCAUUGCCUCUGUAAAUGUGGCUAACCAUAAUGUUCAUUCUAAUGGAUACCCAGCGCAGUCGUAA